AUGCCUGAAUUUAAGCGUCAACCACCACCCCAAACCUAUGGGGUGGUCUCAUUCCCAGCACCACAUGUGAUGCUAGUAACAUUCAACCGACCCAAAGCCCUCAACUCCAUGACCAGCAGCGGACAAUACGAGCUCGAAUCUCUAUUCGCAUGGUACGACAACGAGCCCACACUGCGAUGCGCAAUCGUCACAGGCGCAGGGCGCGCCUUCUGCGCAGGCAUGGAUCUAAAAGAAUGGAACGCCUCGAAUGCCCGGCGUGCACGCGGUGAGCUCGAGCCCCCCAUGAUGCCGCGGUCAGGGUUCGGUGCAUUAUCGCGACGACACGGCAAAAAGCCCGUUAUCGCAGCUGUGAAUGGGCUGGCGUUUGGUGGGGGGAUGGAAAUUGUUGCGAAUUUGGAUUUGGUUGUUGCGGCGCGUGGGGCGAAGUUUGCGCUUCCUGAGGCCAAGAGGGGUGUUGUUGCUAUGGCUGGUUCGUUGCCUAGGUUGGCGAGGACUAUUGGACGGCCUCGUGCGACGGAAUUGGCGCUUACGGGGAGGAGUAUUACGGCUGAUGAGGCUAGGGAGUGGGGGCUUAUCAAUGCUGUUACUGAUGAUGCUGUUGGGGAUGUGGAGGUUUUGGAAAGGCCUGUUGUUAAGGCUGCCUUGGAAUUGGCUGCUAGUAUCGUGGAUAAUAGUCCCGAUAGUGUGAUUAUCAGUCGGGCUGGAAUUGUUGCUGGGUAUGAGGAUGGCAGUUCAGAAAAUGCCAGCCGGCUGCUUAGUGAAAAUUGGGGGUCUGCACUUGAUGAUGGUGAGAAUUUGCAUGAGGGUGUGCUUGCAUUCGCUGAGAAGCGGUCACCGAGAUGGGUUGACAGCAAGCUGUGA